AUGAGGCAUAUUGAAAUUGUACGUAAAAAAGAGGCUGUUGUUGAGAGAGGACCGAAAGUACCACAAAAGCAGAAGGUAAUUGUAUUACGCCGUGUUCGUCCUGGCGAAGAAUAUACAAAGAAAGAAGAAAUUCCUGUUUCGAUUGGAAUUCCUGAAUAUUAUAAAGAACUACAAACUGCUCAGGCUGAGCAACAGAAGAAACAAGAAGAAUUUCACGAUAAAACCAUCAUUUUCAUAAUUGGAGGUCCUGGAUCUGGUAAAGGAACGCAAUCAGAGAAAAUUAUUCAAGACUUCAAUGCAGGAUACAUGAGUGCGGGUGAAUUACUUCGAAAGGAAGCUGCUUCAGAUACUGAACUUGGACAUUCUAUUGCAGAACAAAUGAAAGAAGGAAAAAUUCUUCCACAAGAACUUGUUAUUGGUUUAUUAAAGAAAGAAAUACUUGAACAAGGAAAAGACGUUUAUCUAAUUGAUGGAUUCCCUCGCGCCAUGGAUCAACUUAAUUCAUUCGAAGAAACAAUUACACCAUGCUCUGCUGUGAUAUAUCUUGAUGUUCCAGAUGAAAUACUCACAGAAAGACUUCUUAAGCGUGCAGAAACUUCAGGAAGAGAAGAUGACAAUGAAGAAACAAUAAAGCUUCGUUUAGAGGCAUUUCAUACAGUUUCUGCCCCAGUUUUAGACUAUUAUAAAGAAAAAGGAAAAGCUAUUGUCAUUGAUGGAAAUAGAGCUCCUGAAGAGGUAUAUGAAGAGAUUAAGGAGAAGCUUAAUGCAGUAUUAAACAAAGAAACUCCUCAAUAA